AUGGACAUCGAAGAAAAAGGCGAUCCAUAUGACUAUGCCGAUAAUUUUAAAGAAUUUAGCAAAAAAGUUCGUUUGUUGAGUGGUAAAAUAAACCAAAAAAACACCGAAAAAGCAAAAGUCGACCAAAUCUACCGCCUAAAAAAAAUUUUAAAAGCAUGUAGUUUACCGUUAGAAGAAUACAAAAAAACUAAAUCCUUUAAUGGUAAAGACAAUUUUCGAGAGGACAAAAUAACUACCGAAGAAAGUCAAUUCGUCAGAGAUAAUAUAAAUCAAGAAACAGUUAAGGAAAUAAACAAUUUAUAUAGUAUCCAUUUUCCUGGCAAUCAAAAAAAACCUUCUCCGCAUAUUCCUAAGAAAAAUAAUCUUCCGAAUGAUAAGCCAAAUUUAACAAAAACUAAAACUGAAACAAUCGCUUCCCUCGAACAAAAACUAAGUGCUGAUAAUAUUAGAGAAUAUCUUAAUGGGGCAACUACUCCUGACGAAUUAGAAACUCGGGAAAAAAAGGUUCUGAAAAUUGUUGAGAAACUAAUCGGUAAAACUCCAUCCACUCCUCCGCAAGAAAAUGCCUACGAAGAAAUAGAGAAGAAUGUAAAUGAAAUAUUACUGCUUACCCCCUCUAUCACACAAAUUAUUCAAAAUGCGGUAGGAGAUAUAAAUUCAAUGAGUGAUGCUGAUAAACAAGCACACCGAGCAACUACUAACGAAUAUAAAAGUAAAGAGAUCAUUUUCCUACCGGUUAAUAAUUCUAGCACGGGAGGAUAUGAGGGAGGAACAGGAAGCCAUUGGUCGCUUUUGGUUUACAGAAGAGCAAAUGAGUUUCAUUAUUAUGACUCUGCUGGAAGCAUGAAUCUCACCGCUGCAACAAAUCUCGCUAAUAACUUUUUGAAAUAUUUAGAAAUCGGCGGAAGUGCGAAUAUUAUUAAACCCGCCUCUUGUCCUCAACAGAGCAAUGGUAGCGAUUGUGGAGUUUUCACCAUUGCCUUUACUCGCUGCCUAGUAAACAAGUUCAAAAAUAAUCCGGGAGCAGUUGACCAAAAUGAUUUCUGA